AUGUUUUGGACCUAUAGCAAGACCUGGUCCUUGCCUAGUGGUGCAAGUGUUGAUUCGUCAAAUAAUUUAACUCUUACAUCUGCGAAUUUCAAUCAUGUUGGUGUUUACACUUGCACUGCGUAUAAUGCAGUCAGAGUCAUUCGAGCAAGAGUCACCGUUUAUGUCAAGUAUCCCGACACCUGCGCCAGAGUAAAGACAGACAUCAGUGAAGUAAGUGGCUAUUAUAUCAUUGAUCCUGACGGUGUUCUUGGCGAGGAUCCAUUUCUUGUUUAUUGUAACAUGAGUGAUCAAGGAGGCGUUGGAGUGACAGUUGUCAGUCACGACAGUGAGGAAAGAAUCCAUGUCACAGGAUACGACGCGCGUGGGAGCUACAGCCGUGACAUUCACUACCGCUACAGCAACCUCUCACAGAUCAAAAGACUGAUAAACGUGUCAGGAAACUGCCAUCAAUUUAUCAAAUAUGAAUGCUAUGGUGCUACAUUAAGGCUGGGCUAUAUGAGUUGGUGGGUUUCACGUAAUGGUCAGACCAUGAGGUAUUGGGGCGGAGCUUCUCAGGGAUGCGCAUGCGGAGUGACUAACUCCUGCGCCCGAAUAGACAAGCCCUGUAAUUGUGAUAAAAAUGAUUUUGUUUGGCGGGAGGACAGUGGCUUUUUGACAAUCAAAUCUGACCUUCCUGUCAUUCAGCUGAGAUUCGGUGACACUGGUGAUGCUAAUGAGGAAGGAUAUCACACUCUAGGAAAACUGGAAUGCUACUGA